AAUGGACACCCGCUCACUACUAGCCACGCGGCUCGAAGUUCUAAAACAGCGCGGUGCACGUACAAUUCUGCUUAUUCCUUGCAGUUCCAGUAACUCCCCUACCGCCAAGCUUACCUGCUGCUGCUCCGAUCCAACGAGUCCCAACUAAUAUUCCUGCAAACAACGGGAGUAGAUGGAUACACUCGAGGUCGGUCUCGCAUCAUAAGAGCGCGGCUGGGAGAGGUGCGGGCCAACGACGCGCGCGACCUCACCAUAGGCCUCCUCUGUCUCUUACCGUUCUCGUAGCCUCGUAGCGUAGCGUGUUAGCCUAGUCAAGCCCACAGCAGCUCGCGCCUCUGCCGCCUCAGGACCAUGGGAAGGUCGUCAGUGGCGCUGGCGAUCGUCGCCGUCGCGGCGGCGAUCCUCACCACGGCCGCCGCAGCGGGGGCCCAGGGGGAGGUCAAGUGCGGCGGGUGCUCGCCGUGCGGCGGCGCCGACUGCCCCGUGCUGUACCCGUCGCCGCCUCCACCGGCCCUGCCGCCGCCGCCGCCGUACUACUACUACAGCCCCCCGCCGCCGGCGACCUACCCGGGGUCGUACUGCCCGCCGCCGCCCGGCGCGUACAUCCAGAUCGGGAGCACGCCGCCGGGCAAGGGCCCGCUGUACCCGCAGGACCCCGGGUUCAUGCCGUCCGCCGCGCCGAGCCGCGCCGUCCCACUCGCGGUAGUCGGUGCGCUUGCCGCGCUGGCGGGCGUGUGGGCUGCCUUCUCGUGAUCUGCAUUACAACUCGACGGCGAGCUUCUUCUCCGGUAAGUAGGGCGACGACGGAGCCGACCCGAUCGUGCCAGCGUUCCCACGGGUGUUUCCCAGUGUACUUAUGCAUGCUCCUUGUAAGAAUAAUUUUUACUGGCGAUCAUAUGGGCUGUAGUUCUUGCAAUGUAUGAAGGUUUUCUUUGCUCUAGUGUUUUUUUCUUUAAUCUGAUGAUUUAGAAGAAUCACUUGUAAGAAAUGGAAGAACGCAAAUUAAGCAGGAUGUGGAACUAGCAGGUCACUCCUGAUUUCAUUUUCUUUUUC